CUUUUUAACAACAACUCCUUGGCCCUGGCAUAAUAAUGCUCGUGCCCACUGUUCCACGGCCUUUGGCCAAUUUUUGAGAUUUCUUUUUCGAAACUUUCCCGGUUCCGACGGGCCGAAUUGAGUGGCCAAGCGGUAUUUCAUUUGAUCUGUUUCAUCGCUGUUUAGCCUACGGAAGGGCCGAUUUGACCGGAAGCUGGCUGCUUCUGUUACGGGUUGAACACUAUACCUGGGCUGCUGAAAACCGGUUAUAAAUGGAUCAUCAUCCUAUAGAACAGGCUGAGGACGGCAUCAUCCAGAUCGAGGAUGACGUCGACUCUUCCUACGGGGAUUACAGUGAUGUGGCAUCAGGGACCACCUCACUCUAUUCCCAGAUCACCAGCCACGUAUAUGAGAAUGGAAGGAGAUACAACGGCUGGAGAUAUGGAACAUAUUGGGGCCCGAACGACGAACAGGCCUCCGAUAAUCUCGACCUCUUCCAUCAUGUCUUUAACCUCACUUUUGGAGGACGUACGUUCCUGGCCCCCAUAGGCGACAAUCCCCAACGGGUUCUAGACCUUGGUACAGGGACAGGAAUAUGGGCGAUGGACUUUGCGGAUGAAUUCCCGUCUGCAGCCGUCAUCGCUACAGACGUUUCUGCAAUCCAGCCGACGCUGGUCCCGCCGAAUUUGGAAUUCCAGAUCGAUGACUUUUGUGAGCCAUGGACGUUUCGGAAGGAGAGCUUUGAUUACAUACAUGCACGAUGUAUUUACGGUUGCAGUUCGGACUAUCCCGCUCUCUAUCAGGAAGCGCUUGAUCAUUUAAAGCCUGGUGGUUGGUUUGAGCAAGCUGAGAUUAGUGUGGUGGCACAGUCAGACGAUUCAUCCUUGAAGGGAACGGCGAUUGAGCGCUGGGGACCCUUAGCUCACAAGGUGGGCGACGUAUUUGGAAAGUCCUUCCGUAUUGUCGAUGAGAUGACGGACAUGAUCAAGUCGGCGGGAUUUGUCAAUGUCAAGAAGCGGACAUUCAAAUGGCCCAUUGGCACAUGGCCCAAGGACCCUAAACUAAAAGAGAUUGGGCUGUAUAACAAGCUGGGCUGGGAAGAAGGUUUGGACGGAUGGGCCAAUUUUCUUUUCACAAACUACCUUGGGGUGAGUCUGCCCGCCCAGUGAUUGGCUUACCUUGACAAUCACUCACCAAGGCCUUGACGACAGUGGACUUUGGAGGAAGUUCAGGUCUUGACAGCCCAUAUACGCAAUGAUUUACGCAACCCUAAAGUUCAUGCGUGGCAACAUGUGUGGGUUCCCCGCUUCCAAACCAAAUGCGCUGUGUGCUUAUAUCAUUUUUCUUUUUAACAUUAGGACUGUUUGUUACGGACAGAAGCCUACAGCCAAGAAAGUUAAGGAUUAACUGUUGAAUACGGAGUACUCAUAUUGAUAUUGCGCACAAGGUUAUGAUGAAUUGAAACACUCUCUUACGAUGACAUGAAUUGUUCUCUUGUUUGAUUUCCUUACUUCUCUGGCUGGCCUGGGGUUUGGGCGAGGAUUAUAGAGCUUGCGCUGUGUAUUCUAACUGCCACGACAUAGGAAUCGUAUGUAUGAGUUGGGUUAUGGGGUGGAGUUGGACAUCGACAUUUUCAGCCUUGAGGUAUUCCAAUCACUUCUUGCAAUGUUUUGUGGUUGGUUUGUGUUCUCUGCUUCUGGUGUCAUUACUUUUCUUACUAGAUGCCAUAU